CAGCCUAGAGGACGCCAGGGAGGCUUAUAUAAGGCAAAACGCGCAGCGAGAGACUUCAGACUAGCAGAGAAGCCGCAUCCCGGGGACGGGAAGGAGCCGGAGUCACUCGCUGACAUUCUCACUCACUCACUCACUCACUCACACACUGACUCCACGACCGUCACCAGCCAAGGACUCACUGAGGAAUUAAAGGCUUCGCUCCUUUCUUUCUCCAGAAUGAUCCAUUGUGUAGCUGUCGCCGUCCUCCUCGCCCUCUCCCUCGCUAAAGCCGAGCUGAGCUGCGGACCCGAAUGCCGGUGCCCCUCGGAGCCGCCGCGCUGCGCCCCCGGAGUCAGCCUGCUUCUGGACGGCUGCGGCUGCUGCCGAGUCUGCGCCCGGCAGCUGAAUGAGGACUGUAGCAAGGCGCUGCCCUGCGACCACUCCAGAGGCCUCGAGUGCAACUUCGGCGCCAGCCCCAGCGCCCAGCGAGGCAUCUGCAGAGCGAAGUUGGAGGGUCGCCCCUGUGAGUAUGGCAGCCGGAUCUACCAGAAUGGCGAGAUCUUCCAGCCCAACUGCAAGCACCAGUGUACCUGCAUGGACGGGGCAGUCGGCUGCCUGCCCCUCUGCCCCCAGGAGCUGUCGCUGCCCGACACAGCCUGCCCCAGCCCCCGUCUGGUCAAGGUUCCCGGCCGCUGCUGCGAGGAGUGGGCCUGUGACACAGGCAAGGCCCAGCGGGGCGUCCUCAGCCAGGAGACGGCGGUGGAAGUGUGGCAUGACCAGCCGUACUACAACAACCAGCUCCUCUCUCUGCUCAAGAAGGCGAUGAAGGGGCAAGCAGCCUGGAGACCCAAGUGCUUUGUUCAGACAACUGAGUGGUCGCAGUGUUCCAGAACCUGUGGGGUGGGUGUGUCCACCAGGGUCACCAAUGACAACUCCGAAUGCAAGCUUCGGAAAGAGACCAGGCUCUGUAACCUCCGGCCCUGCGACCAGGUCGCUCUUCCUGACCUCAAGAGAGGGAAGAAAUGUUUUAGAACGAAGAAGUCAACCACAGCAACACACUUCAGCUACGUCGGCUGCAGCAGCGUGAAGAGAUACCGCUCCAAGUACUGCGGCUCGUGUGUAGAUGGCCGUUGCUGUACGCCCCAGCAGACCCGCACGGUCCGAGUGCGCUUCCGCUGCCCCGAUGGCGAGACCUUCAGCAAGGACACGAUGAUGAUCCAGUCCUGUCGCUGCCACCACGACUGCCCCCACCACAACGAGGCCGCCAGUCCGUACCUCAUGCUGCACAACGACAUCCACAAGUUCAUCGAUUGAAGCCCCCCCCCCACCCUACCGCCGUCUCCGGUGGGCGCGAGGCAGGCAGCAGAGGCGUCCGCCGUUCAGUGGGAGGGACACCACCAGCAGGAGUUCAUCCUCUCCCAUGUCACUAAGACAGGGUAGUUGCCUCCAACUGCACACUCCUGUCUCCCUGUCAGUGAGUGCAGACAGUUGGGAUGUUUAAGCCUCUUAGAGUGUAAGGCCAAGAGACUUAAGAGUAGGAUUAAGCCAUUCGGCCCAUCAAAUCUGCUCUGCUAUUCGAUCGUGGCUAAUUUAUUAUCCCUCUCAGCUCCAUUCCCCCUGUAACCCUAAUUAUACCUAAUGACUCAGCCUCCAAAGCUAUCUGUGGCAGUGAAUUCCACAGAUUCACCAGCCUCCCUGGGUGGGGGUCACUUUGGCUUGGUAUUACAAAAGGGACCAGGAACAAAGGUGAGGGAAAUGUUACUUACUCCUAUGUGCACUGUGCAUCAAUGCCCUCGGGGGCAACUGAGACUGAGGGGUGGGUGAACCCUCGAGUGUUAAGUUGAAGCUUCAAUUAAUUGGAGCAGAGAAGAAGCUUCAUAUUGGAGCAUAGCUUACUUACUUUUAUUGUUCUCAUUGUAACAAGAUGAUGUAUAUUUGUAUUAUUAUAUAAUGUCUUACUGUGUACUCUUAGCAACCCGUUGUGUCCUCUUACUUACUGAAGCCCAUCACCCCUGGACUGUAGGCUGCCGACAGCAGCUCGCCCAGGUCCUCUGUCCUGGGCCAGUCUUUCACACUGUCUCCAGGUGUAGCCUAUUCUUCAGGCGAAGAUCUGUCCACUCCCAGGGAUGAGGUCUUUGGAGCUUCUGCUGGCAUUUCUUUAGAUCGGGGUUUUUAACGGGACGGGGUUGCUAGCUCCAUGCCCAGCCCUCCUCCUUUCACAGCCGGACUUGUGACUGAAGUUCAUUGUGUUGUGUUCAAAAAAAGAACCCAAUGAUUUCGACUAGAAGGUGGAACAAAGUUGUGAGUUGCCAGGCAGGGAGCGAACAGCUCACGUUCUUCCCUCGUGUGAGUCCAACAGCUCACGUUAUUCCCUCGUGUGAGUCCAACUGCUCACGUUAUUCCCUCGUGUGAGUCCAACAGCUCACAUUAUUCCCUCGUGUGAGUCCAACAGCUCACGUUACGUGGCAGCGAGAAGCCAAAGCUGUUUGCAGUUCUGGUGUCGCACAGAGGAAGAAACCGGUGAUGUUAAAUCCUGCAAUAUAUUCAUUGAAUGUUGCAUUAUUUAUCGCACAUGUAGCAGAUACUAUCGGGUUAAAAAAAAGUCGUACUGGAAUUAAAUGUAUAUAGAUUUAAUUUUUUAAGGAAAUUAAACGAUUUAUUUAUGGAACUGAA